AUGAAAUUCCUCGCCGCAUGCUUGACGCUCAUUAGCGUCUCUCCCUGGACGGUGAACGCACUUCCCAGCCCUGAAGAUCUCACAGUCCUUGCCUACAGAGCCUGGGACUUCCGUUUCCUCAGUGAGGCACCCCCAAUCUGCAACAGCUCCGUGAGCAAUAUCCAAUACUCCAUUCUCCACUACUCUGGCGCGAAACGACGUGAUUGCCAGGUAUUGAAUACUGCCGAAUUCAACUCAACAAACGUCAAGAGUAUCUCGUGGAAGAGCCCAUCGGACACGGACCGGUAUGACCUUUGCAUGUUCGGCUCUCCUGACUGUUCCGGUGGGAAGGAUAGCCUGCUGGGAAGCAUUACCAAUGGCUGGGAGGUGUGCUAUUUGUAUAAUGGGUUCGAGUCGUGGACUAUCGUUCCCACUGGGGAGGCUUGCGUUCCAGGCGGAGGGGAGGAGUAG